AUGACCGAAACAGCAAAUGCCACGGCAGAUAAGAUAAAAACGAUUCGAGCCUACUACAAACUGUGUCAGAAGCCCGAAAAUCGGGGAAUCGUGCUGAAAGACGACAGUUCUGAUGUGAUCAGAUACACUGUGAAGAUCCUGGUCCUGCUCACCGAGCAGUCUGACAACAUUGAGCAACUCUUGAAAUCCACAGAACUCCUGCCAUCGCUCACCGACGCGUGCGAGAAUAUCACGAAUCCCAGUGUCAACUACAACUUGGUCCUAGUCUCGUCGCGUAUUCGCGCCGUUAAGAAUUCUCUAGAAGCGAGACGGGCGGAGCAGAAUGAGCCAUUGGCUGAUGCAGUGAAAGAGUUGGAUAAGGGAGGAGGUACCCUGCAUCGCAAGUUCGUUGCCCGCAAAUCAAAGCAGAUUAUCAUGGAAUUCGAUGUAGACGAAUUCGAUGAGGCUAAAAAGCGAGACGUGGAGAGGAGUCUUCUGAAGAAGAAGGGUGUGAUCAGUGUCUAUAUAACAGAAUCCCCUGUCCCACGCGCCGUCCUCCGCACGAUUCCUUCUCUAGAAGCCAAAGAGAUCGCUCUAGUGGUGUUUGCCGCUGGUUUUGAGUAUGUUGCUCAAAUCGUCAAAAUGCAUGGAGGAGGAGGCGAGGAGGAGAAAUUCGAGAUGUACGCUUCGGAAGCGCAGAAUUCAAAAAUAGGCGGUGCUGUCGCUUCUGGAGACUAUCCGGAGUACUUGGAUGACGAUGUGCUCCACGUGGAUCCGGCGAGCUUCAAAUUUGAAGCUAUUUUCUCUAUUCCAGCUAUUCCCGUCCCCCCUCUUACGGUUUCCCCCAUAAUUUCUUUGUUAUCUCCUUUUCUUGUUCAUCAUCUCAUUUCUUUUUUUUUCUAUCUCGCUCGUUCUCGAGAUCUCAUUCUAUAA